AGUGGCAGCAACCAAUGGUCGCUCGUGCUGGCGUUGACGUACGCGCGUUGCCUGGUGACAGGCCCCACCCCUCCGCCCCUAUAAGCGCUCCCGGGGCGCGGCGGCCUGGACGGCUGGGGGGCGGGCGCCUGCAGUCUGGCCGCGUUGCGGCCGUCUGAACCAUGUCCACCACGCUGUUGUCUGCCUUCUACGACCUGGACUUCCUGUGCAAGACGGAGAAGUCGUUGGCCGGCCUGAGCCUGGGCAGCGUGCUGGACAGCAAGGCGGUAGGCGCGCCCGUGGCCGCCGCGCCCUCCCUACUCCGCCGGCCCGCGCCCCCCGGCCCCCCUUGCGCCCCGGAACCCGGCGGCCGCCGCGAGCGCGCACUGAGCGAAGGAGGCCCCCCGGGAGCCCCAGCGCGCGCGCCCGCCCACUCCCCGCGCUACAAGACGGAGCUGUGCCGGCCCUUCGAGGAGAGCGGCGUCUGCAAAUACGGCGACAAGUGCCAGUUCGCGCACGGCGGCCACGAGCUGCGCAGCCUGGCGCGCCACCCCAAGUACAAGACGGAGCUGUGCCGCACCUUCCACACGGCCGGCUUCUGCCCCUACGGGCCGCGCUGCCACUUCAUCCACAACGCGGACGAGCGGCGGCCGGCGCCGGGAGGCACGGGCGGCGCGGGGCCCCGACCGCGCCUGCAGCACAGCCUCAGCUUCGCCGGCUUCCCCGCCGGCCACCGCGCGCCUGGCCUUGGGGGGCUGCCGCUGCCUGCACCCCGGGGCCCCGGCUCGCCCCGGCUGGACGUGACCCCCAGCCCCCCGGACUCGCCCUCGGACCCCGAGAGCUCCCUGAGCUCCGGCAGCCUCAGCCCCUCCGGGUCGCCUGGCCUGGACGCCGGACGCCGGCUGCCCAUCUUCAGCCGCCUGUCCAUCUCGGACGACUGAGGCGAGGCCGGCGGGACCCUGUCCCUGGGAGGCGUCUGGGGCCGCAGUGCCUUCCGGCCAGUAGAGCACUCACUCACGGUACUGGCCUCGAGGCCCCGCUUCUCCCUGCUGUGUUGUCGCGAAGCCAGACCAACGCCUGUGCGGAUGAGAAGCCACACACCUGGGCUGGGAGUGGAGCUGCAUCCACAACCCCGACUCCAUGCAGCAUCUCAGGUUCAGGCGGGACCCCACAGGCCCCAAGCCUUAGGAUCCAGCGUCCUGCCAAGAAUAUGCCUUAGGGGUGUCGUUCACACACACACACACACACACACACCCCACACACACCCUUCUACCUGGAAGACCUUGCAUUCCAGAGCUCCCACAGGGAGCCCCAGCCAGCCUGCACCUUCUGGAAGCCCAGGGCAAGGCCUGCGCAGAGCUGCACCUCGGCUCAGCCUGAAAAAACUAUUUAACUUAUUUAUUAUCUCGUGAAACGUGUGCAUGGAGAGUUGCCUCCAUGCUGUAUUUAUCAAGGAUAAUAAGCAAUAGAUAUAUAUUCUUUUUACAAUGCUAAGUUAUGGUUGCCGGUUGCCAUUAAGGAACUCAAGCUGCAGUCCUUUCACAGUAAUAUAUGCCUUUUUUUUUUUUUACCUUCACUUGGUUAUUUUAUUGUAAAUUAGUAAGAUCCUUUAAUUUAAGAGACAGUAAUGUAAUAUUUAUUUCGUUAAAUCUUUCCUUGUUUACGUGAGUUCUGGAAGGCUGCAGGAUUUGAACUCUAGUCUGUGGAAUGUGGUGGGCAAGCCCAUGAGUUUUCUAGAAUGUACCUGGCCACAGGCCCCACCCCAGCCUCAAGCCCUGCUCAUCUGUUUUCUCUAUUCAUUCCCCACCUUUGACUGGCCUUGGAGCUAUGGGGCAGGGGGGCUCUGCACCUCGGGAGGAACCAAACUUGCCUUAAAUCUUCAACCAAAAAGUAUUUGUCCCUUAAGUGCUUGAGAGACUGAAAGUAGGACCGAUUCAACCGCACAAAAGGAGCAAUUCUGACCACUUGCAGCUGUGACGAACCUGGAAAGCCUUGAGGAAUGAGAAGGCCUCAGGUUGCCUUGCCUGCCACCACUAUCAUUGGUGUUCUAGCCCCCAAUAAAGCUUUGGGAAAGGCCGUC